AUGCCAACAGGUUAUCAUAUCAGUGAAGUACCGUCAAUUUCCAGCAAAUUUAAAAAUUCUGAUCAGUCUUGGAAGAACAUUCACGCUUUAAAAAGUAAAUCCAAAAAGUUUGUUCGAUUUAAAUCCGAUGAAAUAGAGGACAGUUCGAAUCAAAAAUCUUCAUCGGUUCACAGUUUGUUCAACGAUUCCACAAUAUGCUCCGAAAAUGAUGUGACCGUUCUUUCUUGCCACAUUGCAAAACUAAAAAAAUGGCUCCUUGGUGUUGAAGAUUUCGAUGCCAUAGAUUUUGAAAAAAUUAUAAAAUCAGUUGAAUUAAUGGAGCUACAUUUGAGUGAUGAUGUGAAUUUAAAUAAAAGUUCAUUUUUCUUAUCAAACUCUGAAAUUUUGAUUAUGAAUAAAGAAUUAGAUUCUGACUUCAGUGACGAUGAUGACAACGACGAUGAAAACAAUCACCACGAUAGAGAAUUAGAAAUAAGGGAAAACAAACAAAAGCAGUCGAUUGACAUUUCGAGCGCGAGAAUUCGAUCCAACUGUUCCCUGUCGCUAUCCGGCUGCAACCCCGGUCAUUUGAAAAUGAAAAUAAUGAAGUCACACAAAAACAAACAAACUGAAAGCGCUAAGGUGUGCGAAGAUAAAAUCCAAUCUGACUGCGAAGACGUUGAAGAGUUGCUUGAUGAAAGGCUCAUUUGA